AUGUCGGAAUUCCUAGGAUCUCGCAUCUCCCUCAUCUCCAAGAGUGACAUCCGCUAUGUCGGCGUCCUUCACGAAAUCAACUCGGACGAAUCUACCGUCUCGCUCGAGAACGUCAAGUCUUUCGGUACCGAAGGUCGCAAGUCUCGCCCCGAGGAGGAGAUAGCACCCUCCGACCAGGUCUACGAGUAUAUUAUCUUCCGCGGCAGCGAUGUGAAGGAUUUGCGUAUUGAGGACCACCCGGGCAUCAAGGAGAACAAGGCUCCUGCCGUGCCCGAGGACCCUGCCAUCGUUGGUUCGCGCCCCCGCCCCGGCGGCCAACACCAGAACAACCAGCCGCCGCCCGGCCCCCAAGGUUAUGGACAACCCCCUUACCACUACCCGCCCCCGGGCCCUUGGCCUCCUGCCGGAGGUCGUGGCGGCCCCGGCGGACCUGGCCCAGCUGGCGGCCCCAUGGGCAACAUGCCAUACCCUCCUCCCCCCGGCUGGUUCCCACCUGGCCCUCCAGGCCAAGGCUUCCCCGGCGGACCUCCCCCUCCCGGCUGGAACAACUACAACAACUUCCCCACCGGCCAGCAAAUCCCUCCCGGCAUGGGCCCCGGUCGCGGCCCGGCUCCUGGCCAGCAAGGUCCUCCUGGCGGUCCUGGUGCGCAGGAGCAGAAGCCCGGUGCGCAGGGCCGGCCCGCACAAGACCCCAGCUCCUCUACGCCCACUCCCCAGCCUUCCGCCGGCCCCAAGUCGAUUCCCCAGCAGCAGCAGCAACAGCAACAACAACAGCAGCAGCAACAACUCGGAAAGCAGACCGUCCAUGCUCCCACGCCUCCUGUGGAGUCGAAGCCUUCGGUUGAGCAAGUCAAGAGUGCCGCCGCAUCGCUGGACCAGGCUGCGCCUGCCAAGGCAGACAAGUCUGUUCCCACGGGUCCUAGGAGCAACCGCGUCACGCCCGUCGUGCCACUGACCGGCCCCAAGCCUUCCGGCCCCGUGUUGAAGGAGGCCACGUCGACGGCCCAGAUCACCAUGAGGACCGCAGCACCAACGUCGGCCGCCAGUCUGCGCGAUGCCACCCAGGCCGCCAAGGCCGCCGUCGCUGUGGCCAUGGCGAACCUCAACAACCCCGCCGGUGCCCAGGCUGUCCCUCAGCCUGCUGCGAACGGCAACAUGAUGGACAACCUGACCAACCGGGUCAACGAGAUGAGAGUCAACGCCGCGCGAGGUGGUCAGGCUCACCAAGGUGGCCAGGGUGGUCGUGGCCGCAACACGCGCGGUGGACGCCAGGGCCAACCCAAGGUUGAGGUUCCCGAUGCGGACUUUGACUUUGAGCAGUCCAACGCCAAGUUCAACAGGGAUGACCUCGUCAAGGAAGCCAUCGCUGGCGAUCUCCCGUCCACCGAGACUCCCACGGAUGGCCCAGCCAUCGAGGCGCCCAGCGAGGCUGUCGGAGCCGCGCCGACGGCGUACAACAAGUCGACGUCAUUCUUCGACAACAUCUCGAGCGAGGCCAAGGAGCGGGCUGACAGCAACGGGCAGAAGCCAGGCGGUCGUGAGUGGCGCGGCGAGGAGCAGCGCAAGAACAUGGAGACGUUCGGCCAGGGCAGUGUCGACGGCGAAUACCGUUCUACCGCGGUAGGGGCCGCGGUCGCGGCCGCGGAUUCGGAGGACGCGGCCGUGGUGGUGGCGGCGGCGGCGGCGGCGGCUACCCGGGGACGCGGCGGCGCCAACGGCUCCAACGCGCCCGUCAGCUAA